CGCGAUGUCGACCACCAGUGAUGACUACGACAGCCUCGGCAAAGAGGAAAGAGAGGCUCGCGAUAAGGCCGAUCGUGAGCGUGAAGCAGCAGAGCAAGCAGCCUUGCCUUACACUUGGAAGCAGCAAUUGUCCGACGUCGAUAUAGAGAUUCCUGUACCUAAGGGCACACGCUCAAGGCAACUAGAUGUAGUCAUUCAUAAGAAGAAGCUUAGCGUUGGCUUGAAGGGUCAGGAGCCCAUCAUGGCGGGGGGACUAUGCAAGGAGAUCAAGGUGGAAGACAGUGCUUGGACGCUUGAGGAUCAACAGACAGUUCUAGUUCAUCUCGAGAAACUCAACCAGCAGCAAUGGUGGGAGAAUGUGCUCACACACCACCCCAAGAUCGACACGAAGAAGAUUGUCCCGCAGGACAGCAGGCUGAGCGAUCUCGAUGCGGAGACUCGAGCUAUGGUUGAGAAGAUGAUGUUCGACAACCAGCAGAAGCAAAUGGGCAAGCCUACUUCGGAUGAGAUCAAGAAAACGGAGGCCAUUAGGAAGUUCCAGCAAGCGCACCCUGAACUCGACUUCUCGAAUGCGAAGAUAUCAUAAAUGGCUCCCGUUGUGCACUGGACUACGUGAAGGAGAUACCAACAAUUGUAUAACACCAGCUCAUAAACAGAUGUUGCUCUUCGCGGUACCCCACUGUCAGGCCAGCCAGGAGAUUUUCUGGCGCGAGUUGUUUUAUGGAGGCUGGAAGCCUGACUACUUUUUAUGAUACACGAUGAUGCUUGUGACCCAC